AUGCAAAAAUUAAUUAAUCAUGUACGAAAUUGUAAUGAAUUUACAUUUGAUACUGAAGGUGAAAAAUCAACCAAACAAUUAACAUUAAUUCAAAUUCAAACAAUACCUCAACAAUUACCAUUUUUUUGUUAUAUUAGUAGAACUUGCACAUUUACCACCAAAAAUAACAUAUAUUCUUGGAAACCAUUACGUAAGGAAAUGUAUCCAGCUAUUGUUUUUCAAUGGUUUGAAUGGCCAAUUAAAACAUCAGUGGUUAAUUUUCAACUUAAAUUUUGCUGA